AUGAAUCAUUCCAAACCCAAAGUCUACAUUGUUAUCUACUCUCUAUACCAUCAUGUCUACAAGCUAUCUUUAGCGGUACGUGAAGGACUGGUGGCGGAAGGCAUCGAUGCCACUAUUUUUCAAGUGCAAGAGACACUCGAUGAUAACGUAUUGCGAAGGAUGAAAGCGCCAGUGAAACCCGACAUACCAGUAAUCCGUUCACAGCAACUGGUGGAACCGGAUGGACUGAUUUUUGGCUUGCCCACGCGAUUUGGUUCAUUUCCUGCUCAAAUGAAGGCACUAUUGGACGCAACAGGAAUGAUCUGGGCCAACGGCGAACUGCAGGGAAAAUUUGCCGGUACAUUCUUCUCCACCGCUUCUCAGCAUGGAGGUCACGAGAGCUUGGCAUUGACAGCUAUCACGUAUCUUGCGCACCACGGGAUGAUGUAUGUUCCAUUUGGAUUUGCCAGCAAAGCGCUUUUUAGCAAUGACGAAGUGAUUGGCGGAUCGGCCUAUGGCGCUGGCACCAUUACCAAUGGGGACGGGUCAAGGCAGCCAAGCGAGGCCGAAUUAAAUAUUGCCAAAUAUCAGGGCCAACAAUUCGCUAAAAUAGUGAAAAAUUACGCUCGUGGUCGU